AUGGCGUUGAUAAAAUCUCACUUAAGCCAGCAAAAUACUCUUUAUGAAGCGCAGAAUGAUGCUUUGCCUUCUCAAAAAGAAAAUUGUAAACCUUCGCUAUCAGCAGUUCGAAAACCUUUUACAAUCGCUUUUUUGACGUCUAAAGUACCAGAAACAGAGGAUUUUGUAAUGCAGAACGACAAUUCCAAUGCUGUCCCAGCAAACGACGUGAUUAAAUCAAGUCAUGCAAACGGUCGUACACAAGACCAAGUAGACAGUCACCAUGGCACGCCUUCACCGUCUGUAUCUCAGGUUCUACCAUCAUCAUCAGUAGGCGAAUAUGUUACGCGCUAUUCGAUUAAUGCAGAUGAAAGUAGAAAGCGUCGACAACGUAGAUAUCGCACUACCUUUGCCACCUAUCAACUCGAAGAACUGGAAAAAGCUUUUGCUUUGACUCAUUACCCAGAUGCGGGACUUCGAAUGGAACUGGCAAAACGUUGUCUUUUGACUGACGCUAGAGUUCAGGUGUGGUUCCAAAACCGACGAGCAAGGUGGCGUAAACAGCAACAAAACGUUGUAAAUCCAAUCCGACAGGCAUCUGAGCAUGCCUUGCCUCUAAGUGAAGGUGGCUGUGGUAAUUCUUGUUAUAGGGUAAGGGCUGGAGAAACACCACUUGAUAGCAGCUGCAAUAAUAAUGGAAACAUAACUGCUCCACAAUGGCAAUGCUUUAGUAAGAGUUUACCUUGA